AAGGGAUUAUAUACCGCUUGUGUGCUUUCUUUGUCUCUACUUCGUUUGCUAAAUUAACUCUGAACAUGACUUGGUUUCUUUAUGCUGGCCUAGGUCUGCUGGAUCGCUCGAUUUGGUGCACUGUUUUUCUCUGCGGGGCGGUGCUGUAGCGCGGGACAUCUUUUAGUCAACUGAAAAGACGUGUUAGUCGGCCUCAGUGCAGUAGCGUUUCAUGAAACAAGCCCACCCAGAAUGGAUCAAGUUAGCCUAGCUUUUACGAGUAGCGCAGCACGGGUGCAGGUUGAGUUAUAGUUUAUGUGGGGAAAAUCAUGCGCGCUAACCGUUACUAACGUUUAAUGCCAGAAGAAAUAAAAAAAUAGCGGCUGCAAUGUUUGUGAAUUUCGCUGGAUUUUGCUGUUAACAAUCGUUGACGUAAACUGUUUGCUAGCGCUGCUCGGUGCUUUAAACAGCGAAAGCGCGGUGUCCAGCUUCAGUCGGCAAUGUGAAAGAAAACCAAAGGGUAACAGAAACAACACUGCUUUUGGUGUCUGCUCCGUCACUGGACGGCCGGGUUCUCUCUCUCUUCUCAAUCUGACUCCUAGUUUGGUGUAGCUAACUUAGUCACUACCUGUCUUACCACCAUGUUGUCAUCUGCAGUGAACUGUUUCCGGGGAUAAAUGAGCAUCAGUCAUCGCCUGUAGCCGAGAUGGGAGACACGCUGGAGUUCAACGAGAUUUACCAAGAGGUCAAAGGCUCCUGGCAGAAUGACGGGCGGCUGCGUUUCAGCAAGCAAAAUGUCGUUUACAAGAGCAGCAAGACGGGGAAGGUGGACAGCAUCCCGGCUGGCGAGCUCAACCUGGCUCAGUGGAGACGAGUGUGUUUGGGUCACGGCAUCAAGUUGGGCACCAGCACAGGUCUUGUCUACAAAUAUGAUGGCUUCAGGGACACGGACUUUGAGAAGAUAUCCGAAUUUUUCAAGGCUAACUACAAGGUGGAGCUGACGGAGAAGGACAUGUGUGUGAAGGGAUGGAACUGGGGAACAGCCAAAUUCUCAGGGCCUCUGUUGUCAUUUGACAUAAAUGACAGUACAGCGUUCGAGAUCCCACUGUCCAACGUGUCCCAGUGCGCCACAGGGAAGAACGAAGUCACUCUGGAGUUUCACCAGAACGACGACACAGAGGUCUCCCUCAUGGAGGUCCGAUUCUACGUCCCGCCCAGCCAGUCUGAUGAACGACAAGACCCGGUCGAGGCGUUUGCCCAGAGUGUGUUGUCUAAGGCUGAUGUGAUCCAGGCCACCGGAGACGCUGUGUGUAUCUUCAAAGAGCUGCAGUGUCUCACACCGAGAGGAAGAUAUGACAUUCGCAUAUACCCGACUUUCCUUCACCUCCAUGGUAAGACUUUUGACUACAAGAUUCCUUACACUACCGUCCUCCGUCUGUUCCUGCUGCCACACAAGGACCAAAGGCAGAUGUUCUUUGUGAUCAGUCUGGAUCCUCCCAUCAAGCAGGGUCAGACACGUUACCACUUCCUCAUUCUGCUCUUCUCCAAGGAAGAGGACAUCAACCUCACCCUCAACAUGAGCGAGGAGGACGUGGAGCGCCGUUUUGAGGGCAAACUCAGUAAAAAUAUGUCAGGUUCUCUCUAUGAGAUGGUCAGCAGGGUGAUGAAGGCCCUGGUCAACCGCAAGAUCACUGUGCCCGGAAACUUCCAAGGUCAUUCUGGGGCUCAAUGCAUCACCUGCUCCUACAAGGCGUCCUCAGGCCUCCUGUACCCUCUGGAGAGGGGCUUCAUUUAUGUCCACAAGCCCCCCGUGCACCUGCGCUUCGAGGAGAUCUCCUGCGUCAACUUUGCCCGAGGCACCACCACAACCCGGUCCUUUGACUUUGAGAUCGAGACCAAGCAGGGCAAUCAGUACACCUUCAGUAGCAUUGAGAGGGAAGAGUACGGCAAGCUGUUUGACUUUGUUAACGCCAAGAAGCUCAACAUCAAGAACAGAGGCUUCAAAGAGAAGAAGGGCAUGAAAGGUAAUAUUGAUGAGUACAGUGACUCAGAUGACGACCAGCAUGAUGCCUACCUUGAGAGGAUGAAGGCUGAAGGCAAGAUCAGAGAGGAGGGCAACGACAGCGACGAAUCGGAUGCCGAAAGCGAUGAGUCAUUUAACCCCGGAGAGGAAGAUGAUGACAUUGCAGAAGAGUACGACAGCAAUGCCACCGCAAGCGACAGCAGCGAAGACCGGGACGAUAGUGAAGAUGAGAGCGCAAAGAGGAAGAAGGCCAAGAAAGCCAGAGUAGUGAAGGAGAAAAAAGAAAGGAAACCACGCAAAGAGAAGAAACAGAAGGAUUCCGGUGGGCCCAAGAGGCCGAUGAGUGCCUACAUGCUGUGGCUCAACUCGAGCCGCGAGCGAAUCAAGUCUGAGAACCCGGGCAUCUCCAUCACGGAGAUAUCCAAGAAGGCCGGAGAGAUGUGGAGACAACUGGGCAAAGACGAGAAGGAGGAGUGGGAGGCAAAGGCAGGAGAGGCCAGAAGGGAGUAUGAUAGAGCAAAGAAGGAGUACAAAGAGAGCGGCGGAGGAUCAGCCUCUGUUUCCAAGAAGGAGAGUAAAAAAUCUGUAGGUAAAAAGGAGGAGAAGAAGAGGAAGUCUGCAGGUGGAGAUAAGGAUAAGGAGCGGGGAGGCGGCAAUGACAGCUUCAAGAGUCGAGAGUUCAUCGAGACCAGCGAGGAGAGUUCAUCAGACUCGGACCACAAGAGCAAGUCUAAGAGAAAGAAGCAGGACUCGGACGAAGAGGAGGAAGAGGCCAUUUCCACACCUGCCAGCUCAGAGGAAGAGUCUGACUAAACACGCCUGCUUUUACCCAUCAUACACACAAACCAAGGACCAAGCAAUUAUACUCU